UCCCCCAUCCCUGCCAGCCUCUCUUCCCCCAUGCAGUGCGUGCAGCGCAGUAAGCUGGCUCCAGGCUUCCGCGCUGCUUACGUUGCUCCCCUUGGACUCGGUGAACCCGCUGUUGUCCUCAGGCCGAGGGAAAUCAGGCUCGCCUGUGGAGAAAGCUGCCCCCACGGCCAGGAUUGGGGAAUGGCAGGUGGUGGCGUCUAGACUGAUUGCAGUCAGUCCCCCUCGUUGUGCUCAGUCCCCUCUUAUUGUGUCCCAGCCUUUUUCUUCCCAGUGGCUCUAACCCCGGGGGUUGUGCCCCGCGCGCUGCAACCCCAUUGGCGCAGCCACGGGCCAGUUAUGUUUCCUUGUCUGGGCUUUUUAUCCCGCGGCAAGUUGGCCGUCGGCUGGGCAAGACAGAGAUGGCAGCCUCACCCCCUCAGGAGAUCCUGUAGUUUUUGUGUUUGCUGAAAAUUUUCUUCUGUUUUCUGGAAUAGUUCUUUUGAAAGGGCAGCCAUUUUGGGGGGUGCUGAUGGAUACCUGCGGGGUCGGCUAUGUUGCCCUGGGGGAGGCCGACCCCGUGGGGAACAUGAUUGUGGUAGACUCUCCUGGACAAGAAGAACUAAACCAGCUGGAUGUCAAGGCCUCCUCAGAAACAUCCAGUGUGGAGACUUCCAUCGAGAUGUCACUGCCUACUCCUUUGCCCGGGUUUGAGGAUUCUUCUGACAAGAGGCUUCCUCCAGAGCAGGAAAACCUCACCAGGUUGGAACAGCAAGAUCUUCCUUCAGAGAUGUCAAAGGUCUCAAACCCUAGGGCCUCAAAGCCUUCCGGGAGGAGAGGUGGUAGGACACCAAGAGGCCCUAAAAGGUCUCAGCAGCGUAAACCUCCAUCCACCCCUCUGGUUCCUGGUCUCUUAGAUCAGUCCAACCCUCUGUCUACCCCCAUGCCUAAGAAACGAAGUCAAAAGUCCAAGGGAGACCUGCUACUUCUGAAGUUGUCCAAAGGCCUAGAUCAGCCAGAGUCUCCACAUCCAAAGAGGCCCCCUGAGGACUUUGAGACCCCUUCUGGGGAACGACCCCGCCGAAGGGCUGCCCAAGUGGUGUCGCUGCCUAACCCAGGUUGGCCUCGAACUUGCGAUCCUCCCACCUCAGCCUCCCGAGUGCUGGGAUUGCAGGCGUGCGCCACCACACCUGGCUCUCCAUCACAUUUUUCACAGACUUCCCCCAGGGCACUUCUGUACCUUCAGGAACUGGCUGAAGAGCUCUCAACAGCCCUGCCUGCUCCGCUGUCAGGUCCUAAGAGUCCCAAGGUGAGCAGCCCCACCAAGCCGAAGAAGACCCGGCAAGCAACCUCUCAGGGUGAUGAAGACGGCAGCGCUCGGGAUGAAGACUUUGUUCUUCAGGUCGAGGGUGAAGAUGAGGAAGAAAGUGAGGCCCCAAGUGAGAACUCAUCUGAUCCUGAGCCUGUUGCACCCCGAAGCACCCCACGAGGACCCACUGCAGGGAAGCAGAAACCACACUGCCGGGGCAUGGCUCCCAAUGGCUUACCCAAUUAUAUUAUGGCUCCUGUUUGGAAGUGCCUGCACCUCACCAAGGACCUCCGAGAACAGCAGCAUUCAUUCUGGGAGUUUGCUGAAUGGAUUCCAGUAGCCUGGAAGUGGCAGCUGUUAUCGGAACUUGAAGCAGCUCCUUACCUGCCACAGGAGGAGAAGUCCCCCCUGUUCUCUGUACACCGUGAAGGAAUUCCUGAGGAUGGCACAAUCUACAGAAUAAACAGAUUUAGCUCGAUCACAGCACACCCAGAGCGCUGGGAUGUGUCCUUCUUCACAGGAGGACCACUCUGGGCUCUGGACUGGUGCCCAGUGCCUGAAGGGUCAGCAGCCUCACAGUAUGUGGCCCUUUUCUCCAGCCCAGACAUGAAUGAGACACACCCACUGAGCCAGCUUCAUUCAGGCCCUGGGCUGCUGCAGCUCUGGGGCCUUGGGACAUUGCAGCAAGAAAGCUGUCCUGGCAACAGGGCCCACUUUGUCUAUGGGAUUGCCUGUGACAGUGGAUGUAUCUGGGACCUCAAAUUCUGCCCCAGUGGGGCAUGGGAACAUCCAGAAACCCCUCGGAAGGCUCCUCUUCUGCCUCGGCUGGGUCUUUUAGCCCUGGCCUGCUCAGAUGGGAAGGUACUGCUGUUCAGUCUGCCGCAUCCUGAGGCCCUCCUGGCUCAGCAGCCUCCAGAUGCUAUGAAGCCUGCCAUCUACAAGGUACAGUGUUUGGCAACCCUUCAGGUAGGGUCUGUGCAAGCUUCAGACCCCUCUGAGUGUGGUCAGUGCCUUAGCCUGGCUUGGAUGCCUACCAGGCCCCACCACCACCUGGCUGCAGGAUACUAUAAUGGCAUGGUGGUUUUCUGGAAUCUUCCCACUAAUUCACCCCUCCAACGGAUACGUCUCCCUGAUGGCUCCUUAAAGCUGUAUCCCUUCCAGUGUUUCUUAGCCCAUGACCAGGCUGUUCGUACAAUUCAAUGGUGCAAAGCUAACAGUCAUUUCCUGGUUUCUGCGGGGAGCGACCGGAAAAUCAAAUUCUGGGAUCUUCGGCGACCUUAUGAACCAAUAAAUUGUAUCAAGCGCUUCUUGAGUACAGAGCUUUCCUGGCUGCUCCCCUACAAUGGUGUCACCGUGGCUCAGGACAACUGCUAUGCCUCUUACGGACUCUGUGGAAUUCAUUACAUCGAUGCUGGUUACCUUGGUUUUAAGGCCUACUUUACUGCUCCACGAAAAGGCACCGUCUGGAGUCUUUCAGGUUCAGACUGGCUCGGGACAGUAGCUGCAGGAGAUAUAUCUGGGGAGCUCAUUGCAGCUAUUUUACCUGAUAUGGCAUCAAACCCAAUUAAUGUCAAGAAACCUGCAGAAAGAAGAUUUCCUAUCUAUAAAGCAGAUCUGAUAGCAUACCAGGAUAGCCCUGAAGACCAAGAUUCCUUGGCCACCUCUGAGACCCCCAAUCCUCCCAAAGCGAGAACGUACACUGAGACCAUCAAUCACCACUACCUACUCUUUCAGGAUACAGAUCUGAGUUCCUUCCACAAUCUACUCCGUAGAGAACCGAUGCUGCGCAUGCAGGAAGGAGAGGGGCAUUCUCAGCUUUGCCUGGAUAGGCUGCAACUUGAAGCUAUUCACAAGGUACGUUUCAGCCCAAACCUGGACUCCUAUGGAUGGCUGGUAUCUGGGGGGCAGUCAGGGCUGGUUCGGAUCCAUUUUGUCCGUGGACUCACUUCCCCGCUGGCCCACCGUGUACAGCUUGAAAGCCGAGCCCACUUCAAUGCUAUGUUCCAAACCUCCUUUUCAACUGAAGGGCCUGGUUUCUCUCCAACCAGCCAUUGCCUUCCCCCCAAUCCCUAAUCUGGUCCACGCAGAACCUCUUGGAUUGAAGUCUGCCAAGAACAAAUGGCCCCCGUGCACAGAGCAUAGGACCUGGGCCCUUCCUGGACAGUGAUGGUGCCAGGCCUAGAUCUUUAGGCCUACCUGCCCAGAACUCCUUAAAUCCCUCUCCUUCCACAGACUUCUGUGGUCACAGCUCCCUGCAGGUAGGGGGGCUCCCCCUCCACAACAAUUCCUAUGCCUAAAACCGUGGCUCACAAGAAACACUCAGGCCUGACCUAGGCUUGGGAGUCAAAUUGCUCAUAUUGAGCAUAUUGUGAAGGAGGUAAAGCUAAGUAAAGGUACUGGGUGUUUUUGAGACCACUUGUGAGUGGGUGUUUGGAGAGUCGGAAAGGAUCUUCAUGAAGGCUCCUGUCGAAUUCCAGGAUUUGAUGUUAUUGCCUUCCAAUCUUCCUCUUUAGAAUAACCAACACACAGGCCCAGUGGGUGACAGUAAUUUAUUGCUUGUUAUACUUUAACUGAGGAACAUCCUAAACUCCUAUCAGUAGGACAGCGGCCAGCUCUUAGUUGCUCCUGCUUAUGAAAUAUCCCAAUCAUCGGUCACUUGACACUACUUGAACACUCCUAGAUAGUAGUGUUUUUAAAAUUUUUGGAGCUGGGUAUAAUGGUGCACACCUGUAAUCCCAGCACUUGGGAGGCCGAGGCAGGAGGAUCAUAAUUUUGCAUUCAGUCUGGGCUAUCUCAUAAAACCAAAAAGUAAGAAAAAAAUCUUCCUUUAUAUCAAGUCAAGAGUAUACCUCUAUUAAUUUUACUAAUGGUUGUUAGGAGAUGUAGUCAUUCCCUGUGAGUGCCCUUUUCAGUACUUAACAGUGUUUCUCAAGUCAUUUUUUUCUCUAGAUUAAAUAUCUUUAGUUAUUUCAAUCAUUCUUUUACAAGUCAUGAUUUUUGAUCUUCAUGAUAUGGUCACACUGUUGACAUAUUAAACAUGUUUAAACUGUAUAGAAAGUAUUUAGAACCCAAUAAUGUAUUGUCAUCUGGAUAGAGUCCUCUCGUGGAUAGCUGCACCUCAUAUGACUGAUACUGCCUCGAAAACACAGGCAGCCCAGUGAUGGGAAAUGGUCAAGUCACAGCCAUGGAACAUGUAGGGAUACAGACUGAGGUUUGGAAGGAAGUAGUUAGACCAUCUUACUAGAAAAUAGGAAGCAAAUAGGUCGCCCGCUUCCUCUUGGAAGGGAUGCAGUCUAGAUUAGUAUUGCCUGAAACAAACCUAGACUUUAGCACACUCAAGUCUGGUCUGUCAUAUCUGGGAACAGCCUUCUGCCUGAGUAGUAUAGAAGAUUUAUCAAAUACCAGAAAAAUCUUUCAGAAGAGAAUCAGUAGUUCAGUUGCCUUCCUAUAUAAAGAGAAAGCAGGCCUGUAGGAAACUCAGGUCCUUAAGCCACGGAAGGACCACAACCCAUGUUGGUGUGAAGGAGCCAAGUGUUGUACCAGUCUGUUGUGAUCCAGCUUAGGCUGUGUCAGGCUUGCUUUUUGAACUAAUAAAGAAGUGCCUUCCAUUGCA